AGGUGCAGCUGAGCCCAGAGCUACACAUAUAGCUAAUCUUAUCAAAAUGUGUGGAAGGAAAGCAAUCUGAAGGAAAUUUGGGACCACAGAAUUUACUGGCUGAAAUAGGUUGUGUUGUUCGUAUCAAGAGUGGAGGACUAUUUUUUUCCUGCUAAAAUCACAAUGGAGGUGGAAGAACAGCAACAACCAUGGAAGACAGACUUUUACUUGGAAUUGCCAAAAGUGGAACUUCAUGCCCACUUGAAUGGAUCCAUUAGUUCUAAUACCAUGAAGAAAUUAAUAGCCAAGAAGCCAGAUCUUAAAAUCGAUGAUCAGAUGACUAUGAUUGACAAAGGAAAGAAACGAACUUUAGAAGAAUGUUUCCAGAUGUUUCAAACUAUUCAUCAGCUUACUAGUAGCCCUGAAGAUAUUCUAAUGGUCACAAAAGAUGUCAUUAAAGAAUUUGCAGAUGAUGGUGUCAAGUACCUGGAACUAAGGAGCACACCCAGAAGAGAAAAUGCUACUGGAAUGACUAAAAAGACUUAUGUGGAAUCUGUACUUGAGGGCAUAAAACAGUCUAAAGAAGAAAACUUAGACAUUGAUGUUAGGUAUUUGAUAGCAAUUGACAGAAGAGGUGGCCCUUCAGUGGCCAAGGAGACUGUUAAACUUGCUGAAGAGUUCUUCCUUUCUACUGAGGGAAUAGUUCUUGGCCUUGACCUCAGUGGAGACCCUGCUGUAGGACAAGCAAAAGACUUCUUGGAACCUCUUUUAGAAGCUAAAAAAGCAGGUCUGAAGUUGGCAUUGCAUCUUUCGGAGAUUCCAAACCAAAAAAAAGAAACACAAAUACUCCUGGGUCUGCUUCCUGACAGAAUCGGGCAUGGAACAUUUCUCAACUCCUGUGAGGAAGAAUCCCUGGAUCUGGUGGACUUUGUGAGGCAACGCCGGAUACCACUGGAACUCUGUUUGACCUCAAACAUCAAAAGUCAGACAGUUCCGUCUUACGACCAGCAUCAUUUUGGUUUCUGGUACAGCAUUGCCCAUCCUUCUGUGAUCUGUACUGAUGAUAAGGGUGUCUUUGCAACACUCCUCUCUCAAGAGUACCAGCUGGCAGCUGAAACAUUUAAUUUGACCCAGUCUCAGGUAUGGGAUCUGUCUUAUGAAUCCAUCAACUACAUCUUUGCUUCUGACAGUACCAAAUCUGAACUGAGGAAGAAGUGGAAUCAUCUGAAGCCCAAAGUGUUACAUUUUAAGUAAUGAGGUUAACUACUUUUGACUAUGUGUUACAGCCAAGAUCUUCCUGCCAUAUCCCACUUAGUAAUCUGUCCACUGCUC